AUGGAUCACUUGUCAGCAGAGCAUAAUAUCCAGCAGAAGAUUGACCAAGUAAGGAGACACAACCACUCCCAGUUCGACUGCUUCAUUUUCGCCAUACUCACCCAUGGGGAAGAGGGCUCCAUUUAUGGCACGGACGAGCGUCUGGUGAAGAUAGAGGACAUAGUUGGUCCCUUUGGUUCUGAUCGAUGCCCGACUUUGAAUGGAAAGCCCAAGCUCUUCUUCUUACAAGCAUGUCGAGGGGAGAGAUUCGACGGUGGAGUAGAAGCAACAGACGGUACUGCUGUACCCCCAACUGAUAAAGCCGCAGGUGAAGCUCGGGCCAAGGAUCAGGAAAAGCCUCAGGUCGAUGAACAGGAUGACGAUCAGCUGGUCAACAAGAUGCUUAAAAUGGAUUUAGAUUUCACCGAUAGCUUUGCAUCCUGUCGUAGUAAGGUGCCCAGUCAAAGCGACAUGCUCCUUGCAUAUGCAACUGUGCCAGGAUUCGUGUCGUGGAGGAACUCAGAGAGAGGGAGCUGGUUUAUCCAAGCUUUGACAGAAACUAUCAUACAGCAUGCGAGAGAUGAAGAUCUUCUUUCGAUGAUCACCAUGGUCAAUGGCAAAGUAGCAAGAGCUUUCGAGUCUUCCUCGGCCGGCAGGCAUAAGCAGAUGCCAGCCCCCGUCACCAUGCUUACAAAGAAGCUCUACUUCUUCCCAGGACAUUAUGAUUAAAUCCCUUUUCAAACGAGGCACGAUAGGCCGCCUCAAAAACUGUCGUGGCGAAACAUCCUGUUUAUUAAAUGAAUGACAAUUAAAGGGAUAAUUGAGUUCUGUUUUCAGACCACAUGCCUUCAAAGUG